AUGACCAGCCUCGACAUCCCCUACUCCUCUUUCCAGCGCCUCGAACCCGUCCACUACCUCAUCCUCGACCACCUCUUCACCCUCGCGCCUGCCACCAGCCUCCGGCUCUCCAAAUACCACUAUGAGCGACUCUUGCCUCGUGCAUACACCUGCAUCAGUCUGGAACAUGCCGCCAGUCAUCGUUUGAUAAGCCUUUUUUAUGACUAUAAAGACGGUGUUGUGGACCACGUCUUCCCUCAUCCCACGCUCAGACCCUUAUCGCUGUAUACCAGCAAACUCAACUUUCUCGACGCUGAAACCAUCAUGGAUCUUUCGUGGGUUAUCCAUGUCCCCUACCUCGCCAAAAUUCAGACGAUCCAAUUCUUCUGGCGCUGUCUCGAUAAAGAAAUUUUGUGGGUCCUCGAAUUGAUGCUCGGGACGUCCACCAACAUACACAGGGUAGUAGUCUGCUACACUGCCGAAGACGUUCGAAUGGGAUCACCCACCGAAGUGCCAGAUCGAAAAGAAUGGCAAUCGCAACCUCUCGUCAAGGCUCUUGAUUUCCUCAAGUAUUGCGAUGUGGGUCGGACGCUCCGGGUCAUCAUCGACCUAGGAUUUGUAUCCCACUGCCUUUCGAGCGGUAUUGUGAGGUUGAUGGGCGAUGAGCUUGCCUCAAUUGUCGGCAGUGUCAGUCUCAGACGGUCAGGACGCCUCCCUCUCAAGCUCUUCUUCAAGUACGAAGGCGACGUGGAUCUGGUGGAAGAGCUGCGGGGGCAUAUCGAGAACCGGCAGAGGUAUCUCCAAGCCGAUGUGUCUGAUAUUGAAGAGGCGCGGCUUGCUUCUCAGAUUGGAGGGUAUUGGCGGGAGUCUGUGGAGCUGAGGAGGAUUGGAGGGCGUGAGAUGGAGGAGCUGCUUUCGUAG